AUGGCACCUAUUGAGCCAGUCGUCCCAUCUCUGCCGUCAUCCACUAUCCAGCAGCACAUCGAGAAUACGGCCGCUUCAUCUUCACCUUCAGUUUGGGAUCGUAUCUCAACAUGGGCGUCAGAAAACAAGGCCCUAGUCUACACAAUUGCUGGUGUUGCGGUGGUCGUGACUAGUGCUGGUGUGGUAUAUUAUCUGUCUGACACUGGUCGACCAACCCAGGUUUCCGGUCCAUCGGGAGAGAAGCGCAAGAGCAAAAAAGAGCGGCGAAAGGAAAAGAAGGCAGAGCAGGAAAAGAAAGCUGGCACGUCGGAAAAGCCUGAGUCCAAGGCGGCAACAGAGCAGGGCCCCGAAGAGCUCCCAGACGUUGAUGAGUCUAAUGUGGACAGCCUACCUGCCCAGACAAGAGAACGCUAUGCUGGAAUCCUCAAGGCCGCUGGAAACAAGGCGUUUGGGUCAAAAGACUACAACCGAGCAAUCGAGCUGUACGGCAAAGCAAUCCUCUGCAAACCUGAUCCUGUCUACUACUCUAACCGCGCUGCCUGUUAUAAUGCUCUCGGAGAGUGGGAGAAGGUGGUAGAGGACACAACUGCGGCACUAGCCAUGGACGAUGAGUACAUCAAGGCAAUGAACAGGAGAGCAAACGCAUACGAUAAGCUCGGCAAAUACAGUGAGGCCCUGCUCGAUUACACUGCUAGCUGUAUCCUUGAUGGAUUCGCCAGCGAGACCGGCAAAGCUGCCGUCGAGAGGCUGCUAAAACAAGUAGCCGAGGAGAAGGGCCGUGUUAUCCUUGAGGGUAAGGGCAAGAAGUUGCCAAGCGCCACUUUCGUCUCAAACUAUCUCCAGAGCUUCCGACCAAAGCCGACCCCUGAAGAGCUUGAUGAAUCCGUUGAGUUGAAAGAAGACAGCGGUCUAGGGCAGCUCCGAAAGGGAUUGUUGGCAGUUGCCAAGUCAACUGGAGACGGAUAUGAUGAGGCCGCGCGAGCGUUUGAGAAAGCUUUGGAGCUAGGUGAACUCGGAAAGCUUGAAGCCUUGGCCCUGAAUAUGCGCGCAACCUUCACCUACCUAGCUGGCGAAGCAGCUGCAGCGCUGACUGACCUCAACAAGAGUAUUGAGCUUGAUCCAUCGCUUGUCCAGAGUUAUAUCAAGCGUGCCAGCUUAUACUUGGAAAUGGGAAACAGAGAGUCAGCACAGGACGACUUCGACUUAGCUGUAACCCAGAACAAGGAUGACCCGGACAUUUAUUACCAUCGAGCACAACUUCAUUUUAUCCUUGGCGAACUUGGAGAGGCUGCUAAAGACUACCAAAAGUCCAUUGACCUUGACCGAGACUUCAUUUACUCACAUAUCCAACUCGGCGUGACUCAGUACAAGUUGGGCUCCGUUGCAUCGGCAAUGGCUACGUUCAAGCGGACCCUCAAGAACUUCGAAAACGUAGCUGAGGUUUACAACUAUUAUGGCGAGCUUCUGCUUGAUAUGCAGAAAUUUUCCGAAGCCAUUGAGAAAUUCGACCGUGCCGUUGAACUAGAGAAAUCUAACAAACCCUGGAGCAUUAACGUUCUGCCACUAAUUAAUAAAGCUCUUGCAAUUUUCCAGUGGAAGCAGGAUUUCCAAGAGGCUGAAAACCUCUGCCAGAAGGCUCUUAUCAUUGACCCCGACUGCGAUAUCGCUAUUGCUACCCUUGCCCAGCUUCUCCUUCAGCAAGGAAAGGUUUCUCAGGCCUUGAAGUACUUCGAACGUGCUGCCGAAUUAGCAAGAACAGAGGCAGAGGUGAUAAAUGCCGUCUCAUACGCGGAAGCUACUCGCGCUCAGCUUGAGGUACAAGAGAAGUACCCCAAACUUGCCGCCAGGCUAGCACAGAUGGGCGGUGCAGCAGGACUUGGUGCUCCUGGUACCUUCUAA